AUGUCCUAUCUUGCUCUUCCAUGUCACUCACAGCUGACUAGUGAAUAUACUUACUAUGUUGUUUCCACAACAGGUUGGUCCGAUCAGCCCAGUCAGUUCCUGAUAGUCGGUUGCUCUGACAACAGCAGUUCACUGCAGGCCAGUCAUACAACUUUGUCCUCCAUUCCUUGCAAACCCUGUUUGUAUUUGAACUUUAUAUGGACCUCACUGGUACUAGAAUAUUGCACAGAUAUUGAUGAAUGUAACUUUGAAAGUAAUGGAUGUAGUCAAUUAUGCACUAACAGUCUGGGUAGCUACUCCUGUAGUUGUCAUACCGGAUUUGCUCUUUCUUCUGACAUGUUUAACUGCACAGAUAUUGAUGAGUGUGAGUAUGACAAUGGUGGCUGUUCCCAUUUAUGUGUUAAUACUUUUGGAAGUUAUCAGUGUCAAUGCUACAGUGGAUAUCAAUCUGAUGAUAAUAACUGUAUUGAAAUCAAUGAAUGCCUUGCUGAAAAUGGGGGUUGUGAGCAAGUAUGUACUAAUACAAAUGGAAGUUUUGAGUGUUCUUGUUAUUCUGGUUACUUUGGUAGUGUGUUUUGUUCAGAUAUUAAUGAGUGUGAUCUGAAUGCUUCUGGUUGUAAUCAAACUUGUAUUAAUACUGUUGGUAGCUACUACUGUGAUUGUGAAACAGGGUACUACUUGAAUAAUGACGGUCACACAUGCUUAGAUGUUGAUGAAUGCUCUACUGGCAUUGCUUAUUGUGAUCAGGUUUGUACAAAUGACCAUGGCUCAUUUCAUUGUGGAUGCAACAGUGGAUUUACAUUGAGUUCUAAUGGCAUUGUUUGCGAAGACAUUAAUGAAUGUAUAACAAAUGAUUCUAACUGUGAACAAACUUGCUUAAACACUAUUGGAUCAUAUUAUUGUCAGUGUGUUUCUGGAUUUAGACUGAACACUACAACAAAUGCUACUUGUUAUGAUAUUGAUGAAUGCAAUGAGGGAAUUUCUGGAUGUGAUGACAUUUGUAUAAAUUCCGUUGGUAGCUACUCGUGUAGCUGUCAUAAUGGAUAUAAAUUGAAUCCAGAUAAUCGCACUUGCAUUGAUAUUGAUGAAUGCACUGAUAACAAUGGUGGCUGUGCACAUAUUUGCCAGAAUACUAAUGGUAGCUAUGCAUGUUCGUGUCUUGCUGGAUUUAUUCUUAAUGACCAUGACUGUGUUGAUAUUAAUGAAUGCAGUGCUAAUAGUGGUUGUGCACACUUUUGCAACAACACCAUUGGUUCGUAUGUUUGCUCUUGUAACACUGGAUAUUAUCUAGAUAUUGAUGGACACAAUUGUUCAGAUAUUAAUGAAUGUACUGAUAAUAAUGGUGGCUGCUAUCACUCGUGUAUCAAUACUGUUGGUAGCUAUCAGUGUCAAUGCUAUGAUGGAUAUCAACUUGAUAAUAAUUCACCAAACUGUAUAGAUAUUGAUGAAUGUUCCAUCAGUAAUGGUGGAUGCCAACAAGAGUGUAAAAAUACGAAUGGAAGUUUUGUAUGUUCGUGCUAUCCUGGUUAUGUUGGCAGUGUUUCUUGUACAGACAUUAAUGAAUGUAUAACAAAUGAUAAUAACUGUGAACAGACAUGCUUAAACACUAUUGGAUCAUAUUAUUGUCAGUGUGAUUCUGGAUUUAAAUUGAAUGCUACAACAAAUGCUACUUGUUAUGAUAUUAAUGAAUGUGAAGAAGACAUUUCUGGAUGUGAUGACAUGUGUAUAAAUUCUAUUGGUAGCUACUCUUGCAGCUGUCAUAAUGGAUAUAAAUUGAACACUGAUAAUCACACAUGUAUUGAUAUUGAUGAGUGCACUGAUAACAAUGGAGGCUGUGCACACAUUUGCCGUAACACAGAUGGUAGUUAUGUAUGUUCAUGCAGGGUAGGGUAUUCAUUAACUAGCAACAAUCAAAGCUGUGCUGACAACAAUGAAUGUGAAUUUGAAAAUGGAGGUUGUAAUCAGACAUGCUCAAAUACAGAUGGUAGUUUUACGUGCUCUUGUUUAAGUGGCUACACUCUAGAAAAUGAUGUUCAAUGCAUAGAUUUUAAUGAGUGUUUGCAUAACGAAAUGUACAAAUGUAGUCAAAAUUGUGUAAAUACACAAGGUAGCUAUAGCUGUGUGUGCCUGCCUGGAUACUACUUGGGCAGUGAUAAUCAUACUUGUUUUGAUAUUGAUGAGUGUAGUCAAGCUAAUGGAGGUUGUGAUCAGAUUUGCAUCAAUAGAGAUGGCUCAUUUCGUUGUACAUGUCGUGAUGGCUAUGUGUUAAAUAAUGAUACACGUACAUUUACCUGCAAAAUGCAAGGGCUUGCAACUAUAAGCAAUGGAAAUAAUCAUUUAAACCUUGAAUCUGAUCAAACUUCUGCAUACAUUGGAAUUCCAGUUGCUAUUGUCGUAACAGCAGUUGUGAUCAUCAUUAUUGCUACUGCCUUAUUGAUUUUGAUUCUAAAAAGCAAAAAGAAGGCUCAAGAAUAUUCAGUGUCGAAUUUGGAAGAUCACGAACCAAGAUUUAAUCCCCUGUAUUUUUCAAGUGAAAAGGAAGAUCUAACGAUGGAUAAGGAAGCCAUUGAAAAUGAUAUCUAUGAAACUUGCACAUAGUAAAUUUAGGUCUAUCUUAUAUCAUGUAACUAAUAGUAUACUUUUGUAUUGAUUAUAGCUACGCUAUUAUAAUAAAUGUGUUGUCAUUAAAUUAAUGCUGUACUUUACAAACUGUAUUGCUUUAUUUUUGUUGUGGUAAAAGCAAUACAAUAGUAAAAUAAAGUUUACAGUUAGUUUAAUCAUUCAUAGAUAACCAGACU